GUGACCCAAUGAAACGAUUCAAUUUUCAAAGCACUAUCUAAAUUGUUAUACUUACUGUAAAAUGAUCCAGAUUUUAUAUUUGCCCGCUUUUAGGUAAAAGAGCAGAAACAACGACAUGUUCGCAAGAUUAGAGCAUUAGAAAACGCACAAAUAAAGAAGGACCUUUCCUUUAGCUGUUGCAAGGCUAACAAAUUCAUGAAAGCAUUUGAAACUGAGGAAAUAAAAAAGUGGAGGAAACCAUUCUGGGAAAAAUCCCAAGAUAAGCAAAGGCAGUACCUUUUAAAUGCUUUUGCGUUAAGCUUAUACUACAGUCGGGAAACACAUCAGAGGAGGUUCUCGUUCUCAGUAAAUGGGAAAGCAGUUUGCCAUAAUGCUUGGUACAAAAUACUGGGGAUUUCUCAUGGAUGGUAAGAACUGACUAAAACACUUAUGAAGUAAAAUGACGAAUUAACAGUUUGUUACAUGGAAAGACAUAGCACAUUUGUUUUGGGCAUUAYAGUGCUCGCGUGACGGAAAUCGAACAUCACCACAGCAUUGACCAAUUUUCAAUGAGAUUCUUGUUUUUGUACGCAGGUUUUGUGGAUUGCUUAGGCAGUACGAGGAAGGAAGAGCAGCAGGGGAAAGCAAUCGCUGUGGAGUAACGUGGAUGACUUCCCGUAUGCAUAUAGCCAUAGUAUGGUUAGAGAGGCACGUGGGGAGUUCCGGUGACAGAAUGCCACACGAGGACAGGAUCUGUCUACCCUCUUGUCAAUCUAAAAAUCUACAAGUUGUACCUGAGUGACUGUAAAAAUGGCAAAAUUGACUUUGUAUGUAAGGCGUCAUUUAAACAAAUGUGGAGGCAGCAUUUCUCAAAGGUUAUCAUCCCGAAGCAAAACAAAUUUACUAAAUGUGGCGUAUGUACACUGUUAAAACAUUCUCUAAGAAAUACACAAGAUGUCAAGGAAAGAGAGAAGUUAUCAGUUAAAAGAAAAGUACUCCUCGAACAGCAAUGUGCAGAAAGAAAUCACUAUUAUGCCAACCGACUAAAAGCAGAGUUAGAGCCUGAGAAAUAUCUUUCACUGAUAGUUGACGGUAUGGACCAGGCAAAGGCAAAUCUUCCUCAUGUGACUACCAUAUCAAAAACAGAACAAUCCCACUACCUAAAUCUCAUGUUACUGGUGCGAUUUCCCAUUGGCAUAGAAGAGUGUUCAGCUUCGUAGACCUCCUACAGUGGAAGCACAAUACUAAUCUUACCCUCAAUGUUCUACUUCAAAUAUUCUUGAGAAUCGCAAAGGUAA